UGUUUAUGCCUAAUACUUUAGCAUUCAUCUGUUUAUUUACCAGUAAUUUAGUCUUAAAGUCAGCUUUAAGCUAUCAGCCAAGUGCCAUUGAAAGUCUCGCCCCAGCUCCAGAAUAAAAGGGGAAAAACAACCACCAUCUUUUGGGAAGAAUCACACACAAGGCUCCAUCUCGCCAUGGGGAAGCUGGCGGAGAGGCUGAGGGCCUUCUCCAGGAACCGAUGGCUGGUGCUCGUGGCGGCAAUGUGGGUGCAGUCCAUGGCCGGCGUCGGGUACCUCUUCGGCGCCAUCUCGCCGGUGCUCAAGGCCACCCUCGGGUACGACCAGCGGCAGGUGGCCGCGCUGGCCGUCGCCAAGAACCUCGGGGGCUACGUCGGCGUCGUCGCCGGCACGCUCUCGGCCGCGCUGCCGCCGUGGGCGAUGCUGCUCAUGGGCGCCGCGCAGAACCUCCUCGGCUACGGCUGGCUCUGGCUCAUCGUCAACGGCCAGGCGCCGGCGCUGCCUAUCUCGAUGAUGUGUGUUCUCAUAUUUGUUGGAACCAACAGCGCGACAUACUUCAACACAGCUUCGCUCGUUACAUGCAUCCAGAACUUCCCGACGAGCAGGGGGCCAAUGGUGGGAAUCCUCAAAGGAUUUCUGGGCCUGACCAGCGCCAUUUUGACACAAAUUUAUGCAGUAAUGCACACAACAGAUGAGGCCAAACUUGUGUUGAUGGCUGCGGUCGGACCAGCACUGGUCGCCAUUGCCAUGAUGUUUGUUGUCAGGCCUGUCGGAGGCCACAAGCAGGCACGGCCGUCAGACAAGAAGAGCUUCAUGUUCGUCUACACCAUCUGCUUGCUCCUCGCCUCGUACCUCGCCGUUGUCAAGCUAGCCCAUGAUUUCCUGCGACUGAGUGACAGCGUGGUUGAAGUUCUGACGGUGAUUCUGUUUGUCCUCCUUGUUUCACCGAUUGCAAUCCCUGUGGCCCUGACGAUAACGUCGAAGUCAGAACUUUCGAUGGAAGAGGCCCACCUGUCUGAACCAUUGACAGCAGAGUCAAGCAUUUCACAAGAAGAGGUAGAAGAGAAGUCUAAGGGCAUCGAUUCACUGCCUCAAUCUGAAAGGAGGAACAGGAGACUGCAACUUGGGGAGAACUUCACCAUGAUGCAGGCACUGGUGAAGGCUGAUUUUUGGCUUAUUUGGAUCUCGUUCUUGCUUGGGUCAGGAUCAGGGCUGACAGUGAUGGACAAUCUUGGGCAGAUGAGCCAGGCUGUUGGAUUCAGAGAUGUGCAUAUCUUCGUGUCGCUGGCGAGCAUAUGGAACUUCCUUGGUCGUGUUGGAGGUGGCUACUUCUCUGAGAUCAUUGUCAGGGAGUAUGGGCACCCAAGGCACGUAGCACUGGCAAUCGCUCAGAUCCUGAUAGCCGCCGCGCAUCUCCUCUUCGCCAUGGCUUGGCCUGGAACAAUGUACAUCGGGACCUUCCUGGUCGGACUCGGAUACGGAGCUCAUUGGGCGAUCGUGCCGGCUGCUGUCGCUGAACUCUUCGGCGUGAAACACUUCGGCGCCAUGUACAAUUUUCUCUCACUAGCGAACCCCACGGGAUCGCUCAUCUUCUCAGGUCUCAUUACCAGUACCCUGUAUGACUAUGAAGCCGAGAAACAAGCUCGCCAACAUCAGGUCACGGCGUUGCUGUCUCCAAGAUUGUUUCAGAGCACGGGUUUUCUUACAGGUGGAUCUCUGAAGUGCGAAGGGCCCGUUUGCUUCUUUGUCAGCUCGUUGAUAAUGUCAGGGCUCUGCAUUGUUGGAGCCGGAUUGAGCCUCAUCGUUGUCCACAGGACCAGACGGGUUUAUGCUGACCUCUACCGGCCUGUCCUCACAUGAAAUUUUCAUGUAUUGAAGAUACCAAACCCUCAUGCUGCUAUUUUUGUUGGUGUAUUGGCAUAUAAUGGCAUAUAUCUUCGUAAAGAAAAACCUGCAUAUAAUGGCAUAUACACAGAUUUAUGAUUAUUUGCAAAUAGAUUAUUAGCCCCUAUUUUUUUGUUUUUAUAUGGCGUAUUGGGAUUUGGAAUAGUUUUCUAAAGUAUACUUGAACUGUCGGUUACUCCUAUAAAUAUCAUCGGCUGUUAUACAAUGUUUUUUUUUGAACCUAAAACAGCGAGGAAGUCCCCCGUGUGGUUGUUAUAGAAUGUGAUUCGUAUUAACACUUAAAAGAUAAAUUUGAAAUGCAAAUAUAUUGAUGCAACUCUUAUAUUGCAAUGAUGUAUAUAAAUUGACUGAUUUCUGAUAAAAGUUUAUAAAGUUUGAAUUUUUUGGAAUCCUGAUGGUGUUCAGGGUGUGUUUAGUUGGUGAAAAAGUUUGAGUUUUGGUACUGUACCACAUUUCGUUGUUACUUGACAAAUAAUGUUUAAUUAUAGACUAAUUAGGCUUAAAAGAUUCAGCUCGUGCUAAUCAGUUAGACUGUGUAAUUAGUUGUUUUUCCAACUGUAAUUAAUGCUCAAUGUAUGUGUCCGAAGAUUUAAUAUGACGGUUAAGUAAUUUUUUUUGGAAACUAAACAGGGCCUCAGUUGUGUAGUUAUUUGCUUGGUCUCUGAACUUUGAUGGCUAAGGCUGAACUCUGUCAAAGGCUGAGGGCUGAGGCUGCCUGAACCCCUCCCUAUCCGAAACGUCACCUAGCCGUUCAAGGCCACCAAACGUCACCUAGCCGUUCAAGGCCACCAAAACCACCGCCUCCGGCCGGCAGCCGCACCCCCAGUCCCUCACCCCGUCACCCGAGCCGCCGCGCGCCGCUCUCGGGGGCUCCCCACCGCGCCUUUGCUGGCCCACGCUACUCGCCGGCAACCCAAGUCCCCCACCGGCAACCGGCAUCGCGGCACAGGAGAGGAGACCAAGAAUCUGCCGGCGGCGAGCCCCUGUGCCGGCUCGUCCUCUCGCGCCCACAAUACCCAGCGGCGGGCAACCUCACCUGAGGGCGGUGCGCCUCCCCCACACAGACCCUUCUCCGGCACGGUGUCCGUACGCCCCCUUCGGUCCUCCCCAAGGAUUGUUUGGUGUGAAAUCCAUGCCUGUUCGUGAAUGUGGAUGGCUGCCUUGAGGAUCCGCACGCCAGCUGGCCCUGGGGAACACAGAAGGCGCAAUCCUACCAGCAGCUCGGCGCAGCUGGGGCCGGAUUUGAUUGGGUUUAGUUCCUCACUGUUGCCAGUUGGUGUUGGUUAUGUUGGGGACCACAGGCGCAUAAGCAGCACUGUUGUCACAUGCCGUGGGUUCUUUGUUGACAAUGUAAGGAGGAAGAGCCAUUCAAGGGCAAGCUUGAGGAAUGGUUUGGUCUGCUCUUUAGAUGCUGAUGGCAGCAGGGAGUCUACUUUGUGUGUAUCUGUUCCAUCUGAACCUUUAAGUUGGAGCGGAGUGCCAUCAGUUUUGGGUCAAAAAAUAGCACAGGGCAUAGAUGGUAACCCAAGGGCCUCUGCAGAAACAAAGAAAGAGGGGAAGUUAUGGCAGAGAUUACGGGGUGGUAAGAAGUUGGGAAGGUGUAGAGCUCCCAAGCAUGGCCUGGGAAAGGACAGGCAUGGUCGCAAAUCUGUAGGGAGAGAUGAUGAUAUCAAUGCGGUUUUGUCCUGUAUCAGCCAGGAUUCCAGCAUUGAGGAGUGCAAUUCUGCUCUAAUCCAUCUUGAGAAGCACAAUGAUGAGAAGGCUCUUCAAUUUUUUGACUGGAUGAAGGCUAAUGGGAAGCUAAAGGGGAAUGCUGAUGCAUAUCACCUAGCUCUGCAAGCGAUUGCCUGGAAGGAGGAUUGGAAGAUGGCCGAACUAUUGCUCCAUGAAAUGGUUGCUGAUUCGGACUGCGCAUUGGAUGCUCGAGCAUUUAAUGGGCUGAUAUAUGUUUGUGCUAAAAGGAGGCUUGCUGAUUCGGGAACAAAGUGGUUUCGCAUGAUGCUUGAUAGAGAAGUGCAGCCGAAUGUGUCUACUAUUGGUAUGCUUAUGGGUCUUUACCAGAAGACUGGGAACCUAUCAGAAGCUGAAUUCACUUUUGCAGAAAUGAGGAAUUGCAACAUUAAGUGUGUUAAUGCUUACUCAGCUAUGAUUACUUUGUAUACACGUUUAGGCCUUUUUGCCAAGUCUGAGGAUGCUAUUGUUCUAAUGAACAGUGAUGGAGUAGUUCCAAACAUGGAAAAUUGGUUGGUGAGGUUGAAUGUGUACUGCCAACAGGGUAAAAUGGAGGAGGCUGAAUCGGUAUUGCACUUCAUGGUGGACAAAGGAUUCACCCUGAAUGUUGUAGCAUACAAUACUUUAAUUACAGGAUAUGGAAAAAGUACUGAUAUACAGAAGGCAAAGAAAGUGUUUGACAGCCUUGGUAAUGCAGGUUUAGCUCCUGAUGAAACCACCUAUAGAUCAAUGGUAGAAGGUUUUGGUAGAGCAGACAGAUAUGAAGAGGCAAUUUCGUACUAUAGGAAGCUCAAAAGUGCUGGCUUCCGACCAAAUGCAUCCAACUUUUACACUAUGAUCAGUCUACUAGCAAGACAUGAUGACAGUGAAGGUGCAGUUGAAAUUCUGGAGGACAUGAGGGCAGCUGGUUGUCAGUGUUCAUCAAUUGUUACUGUUCUUGUUCGGGCAUAUGGAACAGUAGGAAGAAUGCAUAAGGUUCUUUCAAUUUUGAAAUCUUGUUUCUACAAGAAAAUUUUGUUUGAUGCCACCUCGUGCUCUAUUUUAGUAACAGCAUUUGUACAGAAUUCUUUAAUAGAGGAAGCUUUAUUAGUUCUGUGUGAAAAGAAGUGGAAAGAUUCUGCUUUCGAGGAGAACUUAUAUCAUAUAUUGAUAUGUUCUUGCAAAGAGGCUGGUAAUUACAAUGAUGCUGUUAGGAUAUACAGUCAAAUGCCUAAGUCUGGAACACACCCAAAUCUCCAUAUUUCUUGCACUAUGAUUGAUGUUUUCAGCAUGAUGGAGAGAUUUGUUGAUGCUGAAACUAUUUUCCUUGAACUGAAAGCUUCGUCUACUAUCCUUGACAUGAUUGCUUACAGUGUAAUUGUGAGGAUGUAUAUUAAAGCAGAGCGACUAGAGGAUGCCUGUUUAAUUUUGGCAGAAAUGGAGAAACAAAAAGAAAUAGUUCCUGAUAAAUACCUCUUUCUUGACAUGCUUCGGACUUACCAAAAAUGUGGCCUGCUUGAGAAGUUGGCUGAUACAUAUUACUGGAUACUUAAGAGUCAAGUUGAAUGUGAUGAAGCCAUGUAUAACUGCAUUAUUAACUGCUGUGGGCAGGCUAUACCUGUUGAUGAGCUGUCACGAAUUUUUGAUGAAAUGAUUCAACAGGGACACUUAACCAACACUGUUACCCUCAAUGUACUGCUAAAAAUAUAUGGAAAAGCUGGUCUUUUUACUAGGGCUGAAAAGGUCUUUCUCAUGGCUCGCAAGCAGGGACUGGUGGAUAUCAUAACAUACAAUACCAUCAUUGCUGCAUAUGCAAAAAGUGGAAAUUUUCGCAGUAUGAAUUAUUUUGUCCAAAGGAUGCAGGAUGCAGGGUUUCCUGUUUCUCUUGAGGCGUACAAUUGCAUGCUGGAUGCUUAUGGAAAGGCAGGGCAACUGGAAGAGUUUGCUUCUGUUUUGCAGAAAAUGAAGAGGGCAAAGUGCAAGUUUGAUCACUAUACGUAUAACAUAAUGAUCAAUAUUUAUGGGAGAAGGGGUUGGAUAGAGGAUGUUGCAAAUGUUCUUGCAGAGCUAAAAAGCCGAGGUGUUGAACCAGAUUUGUACAGUUACAAUACCUUGAUAAAAGCAUAUGGGAUAGCAAGAAUGCCUGAAGAGGCUGUCAAACUGAUGCAAGAGAUGAGGAUUCAAGGUAUCAGCCCUGAUAGGGUGACAUAUACUAACCUCAUUGCUGCUCUACAAAGGAAUGAAAAUUUCCUGGAAGCUGUUAAAUGGUCUCUCUGGAUGAAGCAAACAAGAGUUGUAGGGCGUGGAACUUGAGCAUAAUGUACCUAAAGCAUUUUGAGUUUUCUUUGGCGAUGACCUCAACUCUGAAUGUUGUCUUCAAGUUGCAACUGACUGCAUGCUUGCUACUGUACAGAAGAGAGUAGCUGAUUGUUAUGUAAGUGCUACAGAUGUCCAGAGAUGAAAUUCAAUCUAUAUAAAUAAAAGUAGGAAGUUUGUAUCAUACCUAUCAUACUGUUGUAAAUUUACUGUAUCAGUGGUUUAAUCAUUUGUGAGACAUCGAAGUCAAAUAAGAAAUACAGUUUUAAAUUCACUU